CUUAUCAGGUUAUAACUCAUUAUAAUAAAGGGUUUAUAGCGAGGUAUUAUAGCAACUCUGCUCCCGGUCAUUAUAGUUCAGAGCGGCGCGGAUUGAUAUGAGUGGGUGUGAUCAGGCUGGAUUGUAUAGGCGUAGUGCUCCCUGGUGCCCAAAAGUUUUUUAGAAAGCUUUUUGAAAUCCUUCUCCAGAUCCUCUUCAACAUCAAAUCUUUUCAACGACAGCAGAAGAGAUGCUUUAUUAAUUUCGCCCCUUUUUUUUCUCCUCCUUGUGCUGGAGUUUUAACCGCGUGGACAAGAUCAUUUCAGCCCACAUCAACAUGGAGUAUCAGUUCUCCUUGCCAUUGCGCUGUCUGAAGCAAUCCUUGAAUUCUGACACGUUCGAGUACACAGUCGAGUACUUCAAUCAAAUCGGAGAACAUUGUGGCAGCAUAGACCCUGUUCUGCAAAAUUCCUCAUUUGCAAAGCCGACCUCCGAAUUCUCUCUUUCCCACUGGCUAAUGACAGCCAAUCCCAGAAAAGAGGGGAGGAGUCUACACAGACUUACGGACGUACAUUGUUUGAAAUUCAUAAUUACAUGCCGACCUGAUAGAAUUGGAUUGGAUGACAGAACAUUUCGACACCUACCCCCUUUCAGCAUCAACUGAAUCGUCUCCUGGCUCAUCGAUUCCACCAUCCCCCUUGGAACAUGAUGUCCAGGUGCCCUCGGAUUUGGAGGUCAUGACCUCCCUCCUGAAAGAAGAACUUGCCCAACUCGAGGAUUAUUACCUAUUUGAAUCAACACCCAUGAAAGCAGACAAAUGGCAAAAAUGUGAUAAAGGCUACCAAGCGAUGUCUGCGCCAUCAUACUACCAGUUACCUUGCACUUCAUACAAUGUGAACCAGUCCGAAUCGAACCCCAGGCUUGUGACCCUAGCAACAGGUGAGCUUGACCUAAGAGGGUUUUGUGGCAGCUCUGUUGGAAGAUCUAAAACAUCCAGACCUGCUCCUUACAGCUACGUUCGGACCCACUCCACCAGCCAAAGGAUAGCGUCAAAUGGUUGCAAAGACGUGGAAGUUUUUGAGAAAGAGACUUGGACUUUCAAAGGGACUCAUUCAGGGUACGCAGAGGUGGCUUUAGACCAGUGUGCUGUUGACAAGAUUUUUGGGAGGAACCAUAUCGGUGCAAAAAAGGUUCGAGAAUGUGCCAUAUUGCUAAAGGAAGAAGAAAAGAGAUGUCUCACUGAAGACGUUUUUUACAGAACAGAGAUGGUGAAAAGUUUCGAUGCAGGUGCCCCCUUGGACCCCCACCACAGGAGAGAAGGUCAAGCUCCUGCAAUGAAGAUGCUCGGACAUGGUCACGAAUCCGUCGCGAUGCCCGUACUGCAUUGUAGUGAAAACGGAAGUAGUCCUGCCUUUAAACACCCAGAAGUAGCUGAGUGUUACUUCAGUCAGAUUACUGCCAAUUUAGAACCGUAUCAUGGCUUUAUGAAUGAGGUGGAUCAGCCAGUCCGGUCCGGGGCUGUCGAGUCUAUGAAUAGCGGUUACUCAAGCCAUGAAUGCCUUGUAGAUCAAAGCUUUGAAUGUCUGUCCGGCGACAGUGUUGGAUCUUCGUUGGAGUUCCCUGCACAGAAACCGAUGCAACGGCUGAGAGAAAACCUGUGCGUGUUCAAGCCAGAGGUCAAAGUAAGUUGCCUGGAAAGAAGCCAUGGAGAGCGCAAGCAGAAGAAAAGAGACCAGAACAAGACAGCUGCUUACAGGUAUCGACAGCGGAAGAGGGCGGAGCAGGACUGCUUGGAGGAAGAGCUUCAUGGAUUGGAAGGGAAAAACAGGGAGCUGCGAGACAAAGCCGAAUCUGUAGAGAGAGAGAUCCAGUAUGUCAAAGACCUCCUGAUUGAAGUGUAUAAGGCUCGGAGUCAGCGCCUCAAAGAGGAUUCCAGUGCCUAAAUCUGUUCUAAGCACCAGCAUCAGAAAGAUCAGCUUUUUUUUUUUUUUUCUGGCAAGGACCCUUUUAAAACAAGCUCUGGUAGUAAGAUUGUUUUUGACGUUCAACCUAAAUGAUAAGACUCCAAAAAAAAAAGAGCUCUUUGCUGGGUUUGCUAAAAAGAAUUUAGCAAAUUACAUAAUGAACACUGUGAUAAUAGCCUUAGGCUGACCAGUAUUCUUAGUAUUCUAACGAGAGCUAAAUAUAUUAUGCAUUUUAACGAUUCGGUUUGACUUUUUUUGCUUCUUUCAUCGUUUUUUUUUUUUUUUUUUUUUUUUAUUGCAAUCCUCUGUGCAUAUUAAAUCAUUUAUACCAAAAAAGAGAAACCAACAGCUAAACAUAUGCUAGCUCAGAUGUUUGUUUGUUGUGUGGGGCAUGAUGGUAUAGCUAGGAUUUGUAAGAAUGUGAUUGCGAAUAAUUACUGCUAUUAUUUGAUUUGCGCUGUAACUAUAGAGCCCUGUAAUGUUAAGUGUAUAUCAUUUUCGAUUUUAUCAACUUUUUUUGGGGGGGUGUUUUUCAUAUUUUUAUUUCGCUUGUACGUCUUUUAAGAGUUUUUUUUUUUUUUUUAUAAUCACAUUUAAAACAGUGUACAUUAUCAGCCAAUGUACUGUGGUUUGAAGCACACUAGUAAGCUUUUAGAUUUCUUGGUAACUUCACUGGCUCAGGUACUGAAUGCAUGUCAGAAAUAUCGAAAAAAGCAUGUUAGGUUACGAUUUACUGCAUGACUCAUUAUAUGACUGCAUUGUACAUUAUGACAGCAAAGUAGACUUUGUUUCUUCCAUCAGACCUUUUAUUGCCAUUUUCUUGAUUAAAGGCUGCCAUAUUAUUUGCUCGAUUUCGUAAGGCAUGGAACUGCAUUAAUCCGUAUGAGAGGCCGUUUGCUUUCUUGUGCAGGAUUGCGGCAAACAAUCACUGUCGUUUACUAAAGAGCUUAAAGACUAUAGGCCUAAUGUCAUUUAUAUUUCUAAGAUAUAUCCAGGUGCAUAUUAGGUCUGUAAUGAAAAGUUCACUCGUCUCAAACAGCAGAUGUGUGAACCAAAAUGAUGGCAUUUCUGUAUACCGGUAUUAAAAUUAAUUGUUUAAUGUUGACAAAUGCUCAGAAUCUUUGUGCUUUUGAGUCUGGCUGGAUUUCUUUUUGACGUUUCUGUGGCAUUUGGUAAAAAAAAAUUCUACUAGAAACUCACUUCAAUGCUUUGGAUUAUAUUGUGUUAAUCACAUGUAUUUACUUGUGGAUUUUUUUUAUUUAUGUCCUACUAUUUUUAAAAGAGACAGCUAAUAUAAAUUAAAAUCAAUGAAAAACCUGAAA